AACCUUUGUGUUCUUGUGUUGAAAAUGACCAUGGAUUCCAGAUGGCUGCGUCUAGUGUUGAUGCUUUCUGUCUUCGUAUUUGAAGUUUUCAGUGGUAUUGUCAAUCCUGGGGAYAUUGUAAAGACAGAGGAUGAAGAGGCCAGGUUUUUAUGGAAUUCAACUGGAAGUAGUAUUCUUGAGGCUAAAUGGGGACUGUUUGACGRGACUUUUGCAGUGUUGCCUUUCUUCAUUAAAGUAAAUGUUUUCAAUCCGGGARUUGCUCARUACAGUCUGGAUUUGGUUACGAGUCAAGCUUCSCGGUAUAGAAAUCGAGUAAAGUUUAUUGGCAACAUCACUUUAGGACGUGCAUGGUUCAUUCUUACAAAUCUAUCAACAAGUGACACCAGAGAGUAUGCUGCUAGGAUAAAAGAAUUUGGUGAACCCUUUAAAGUUUUUCGAGUGAAGUUAACAGUUUUGCCAGCACCUACAACAACUGCUCGCCCAUCAACAACUUGAGAAUCCGAAACUAGUGCAACAACACGUUUUUAAACCCACUGCAUGCUGAGAAAAUAUAGAGAGAGACAACAAGAAGAGAGAGACUGAACAAACUUCAAUCAAGAUUGAGUCAACAAGAGAACCUAUCAAUUGGAGUUGCAUUGUGUUGAGCUGUUUUUUUUAAUGAUAGCACACCACACUUGUAUAGAGUCUAGUGACUUUACUCAUGACAGAUUAUGUAUAUGUGGCCUAUACCUAUGACCUGACGUAAGCUUAAUAAACAUUAAUCCCUUGCAUCAAGUCUGACUGUAAUAGUGACCGGGUGAAUCGUCAACUUUAGAUAUUUUGGUUCGAUGACUAUGUACGAAAGAACGCACACGAGUCUCCUGGAAAACAAUGGAUAAUCUUGAUUUGUUCUUUUUUUUUUCCCGGAGCCUCGCCUGACUAUACCAUACAAGUAAAGGUCCGUUUACACGAGA